AUGCCGUUCGAUCAUUCCGACGUUGGUCUGAUCUCCCUAAUUGAACUUGGCAAGGUCUUCCACCGAAAGCGAAAGGGCAGGAUGUCAACGCAUAUAGUUCCGUUCGACAGAAGGCAACCCAGUCAUUUAAACCAGUGCGAGGGUAUUGCAUUCAAAAAAAUCCACCCUCUUGACUCAUGGAGAAUUGACCAGGAUGGCCCAGCAGGAGGUUGGUUCCAUGAACCUCCUAGUCCAACUGCCAUGGUGAAGGAAAAUCGGAUGAUCUGUUGUGGUGGUGCUGAUGCUGAGGAUGCUGUUUCUCACCACCAAUGCCCCUAUAAGUCCCCUGACUACUACUAUGAAGAGCGACUUGCUGAUGGUCAAUCCCCUUACCAGCAUCAUCGUUACAAGUAUCGCUACCAACGUCCCCGAAGCCAAUCUCCUCCCCAGCGUCGUCGUGGCUCUAUUGACCGUAAUGACCCUGGCCCUACUGAACGUGGUCCUACUAGUAAUGGUGGUCCCCUUGGCUAUGGUCCUCCGGGAUAUGGACCUCCUCGACUCAACUUUAACGGCCACCAGCUCCCUGCCUGUAUCGAAGACGAAGAAUUAACUAAAGAGUAUGUGUUGAGUGACGUAUCUCGAUCUGCGUCUCAGCCGGCUGGCCAGGAUGCCGAUGGGCCUGAAGACUUGGUAUUCGGGGAGGUCCAUCCUCUAUUUCAGAUGUACUCCGAACUCCCGAAGGUUGCGAACCCCCCAUACUUACUAUCAAGGGCUUUCGAAGCUUCCUUGAAGAAACCUUUAAGGAUUGGGCUUCUGCUCUGGAUGCUGUAA